AGAGCGCGCUACCACAAUGGUUUCCACCACGUUAUUUGGGAGUUAAAAUCAGUUAUAAUGCCCUGGCCCUGGACACAGUUAUCACUUUAACAUCAUUUUACGUUGCGUUUGUUCUGUGGUGGUUUGUGAAUAGACGUUGAUUGUUAUUGACAAUGGACAAUAUUGAAUUGUUGGCAGAAAGCAUUAUUGAAUUAGAAGAUAUAAAGCAAGAACAAGAGGAAUCUGUUACAAUGACUGUUUGGAAUUCCACGGAACUCAAGACCAACACUUUAAAGAGUGAAGUUAAAGAAGAUGAUGAUGAUGAUGAUGAUGAGGUGCUGGAGCCCCCAGUCGCAAUAUUUCUUGAGGAAGUGGCUCAUGAAGAAGAGGAAUUGGUAGAUGUAGAUGACGAAGGGGAGCUCUUGUUGUAUGAGCAGGAUCUCCACGUUGGAUCGGAAAGGAAGGACAGAAACUGUGGGUCUCUAGGAGGAGUGCCUGCUUCGUUGAACUCUCCCACUACCCAAAGUGCCUGCAACUGCACAAGCGAUGGCAAGGCUGUAAACCAAACACUGAUGAAGCUGGGAGCAAAGCUACUUGAGCAUCGUCCAUGCAAGAAGUGUUCCACAUCACAGAACUUGAAUAUCCCUACACAAAAGCACAGCAGUGGUGUGUUUGAGUGCUCUGAAUGCCAGGAGAGCUUUGCAAAAAGUGAUUGUUUAGCAGCCCACAAGUGGAUCCACUGGUGGGGAAAAACCCAUAAUUGCCCACUGUGUCAGAUGAGUUUCAAACGUUCACAAAAUUUUGUUUUGCACAUGCGGGAGCACUCUGGGGAAGAACCUUACAAGUGUUUGAUCUGUGAGAAGACUUUCAGAGGAAGAGGACCUCUGGUUUUGCACAUGCGCACUCACACAGAGGAAAAAUCACAUUUUUGUUUUGUUUGUAAGGAGAGCUUCGAAAGAAGAGAUGAUUUUGAUAGGCAUGUGCAAGUUCAUGCACAAGACACAUCCCAAAGUCACUAUUUGCGCCCAAUCUAUCCUAAAAGUGUGUUUGAACCUACAAAGAUUUUGGUUACACUCACACCAACUCACCCAGAAGAAACCUAUCAUUGCUCAGUUUGCCAAAAGAGCUUCAAAAGAAGGGAACAACUUGUUAACCACAUGCUGCUUCACUCUGGGAGCAGACGACAUCCUUGUUCAGUGUGCAAGAUGAGAUUCACAAGAAGAGAACAUCUUGAUAGGCAUAUGAGGGUUCACACUGGAGAAAGACCUCAUUGUUGUUCCAUCUGCCAGAAAAGUUUCAUUCAAAGUGAUAAUUUAGUAAAACACAUGCGAAUCCAUUCAGGGGAAAGACCCCAUGCCUGUUUUGUGUGUGACAAGAGAUUUGCUCAGCGAAGUGUUUUAGUUACGCACAUGCAGACUCAUAUCAGAGAAACAAUAUCUUGUCAUUCGAAAACCAAGAGUUUCACAGGUAGUUAACUUGUAGUAGUUAUACACAUGGUGACUCCAAGGGGAAAAUCCCUGUCUGUCAGAGGAUGCAUUGUUGCACAUUCUGCCAGAGGCGUUCCCAUUUAGCAAAGCACAUUCAGAAAGACAUUCCCUUACAUCCACCUGUGAAUGCCUCACACCUUUAAAUAUGCAUUUUUAAGUUCUCUGGCAUUAAUACAUGGGGUUUAAUGAUCUUAUCAUUAACAGAUUCUUGGUAAUAUAUUUGCCUAAUAAUGGAUGAGCAUGCUAGAAAACUACCUCCUCUCAGUUGAAACUUCUCAAUGCAACAUAGUAUAAACAAAAAAUCAUAUCUCCUGGAAACUGGCACAUAUUUUGAACUAGAACCUACAGAAAAACUUGUACGUUUUUCAUGGGACUGAAAGGAAAAAAUGUAUAAAUGAGACAAACAUGCAAUUGAAAUUGAAUUAUGAGCAAAACCAGGGUGGUCAGUAUACUUGGAAUCUUAAAAAGCAGGAAAAACUGGAAAUUUGAUUUGAAAAGUGACAUUUUUGAGAUGUAUCACCAUAUUGAGUGAAGUGCAGCCAGUGAACGUUCGCAUUGAGAGGGAGCAUGAAGAGAAGGAGCACGUGGGAGGAACUAAAUCGCGUCCCCCUCCUCCCAAAUAUUUGACACUUUUGCAGUAGAAAUGGCACUUCAUCAGCUUCCACAAUUCAAGGCAAGUACGUUCAUUUAUGAUCCUCCUACAGAAGGUUGCUGCAAUGUCACAAUGCAAUUCCACUUGAGAUUCUAUAUUUCAAGUAGAUUGACAUUGUUUGCACAUUUGAGGAGAAAUAUAUUUUUUGGUUUCUGAAUCGUUCUCAUUUAUUCCUUACAGAGACAAUUAUAUUGCCACAUGUGUGCAGUCUCUCAUCUCUCUAACAGAAAAGUUCUCUGUUUUAAACUUGUGGUGCUACAAAACGGUACAGACUUUCUCUCACAAGUUAGUUUUCUAAUCAUUUUAUUUUAGGGUAACUUUCCAGUUUUGACCCACUCUUCCCAGCGACUAUCAGUGCCUAAACGAAAGUUUUUCAUUUUUUCUCAAUAUUUCAGUCCUCUAAGAGUAGAAUUGAAAUAUGUCUUUAAGAAUAUUACAGAAGAGUA